GAAUGUCUGGAGCUGAGUACCGCAAAGGCCAGGGACCUGCAGUCUACCUCCACGCUGGAGGAGUUCAUGACCAAGCUCUGUCUCCACCACCAGAGGCAGAUUGUCGACGCUCUGGGCUUCCUACAGACAGAGGUCUGUAUAGGCAUUACUCUCAUUGUGCAUUUGAAUUUGGUAAAAUUAUAUAGGAAGUUUGUCUCUGAAAGGCAAUCGCAAAUCACACACAACAGAGGAAACAUGCAUAAUACGUAAACAAGAAGAUACCGUACAUCACAGCAGAGGAGGCAAAAGAAACUGAGUCACUGUCGAGUGAUUGUUUUGUCCAGAGCCAUGUAUAUAGAGAGUUGGGACAACUUUUUGAAUUCUGUUCUAAUUCUAGACAUUCAGUUACACAGUAUUAUUUAAAUAUUCCCUAUGUAAUGUUAAUGCAGCGCUAACAUGACAGCCAUAGAGUGUUGUAGUCAUAGCCCCUGUAGUAAUUUAAUAGGAUUUCUAUGUCAUAAACCCUACAAGUUCCAGAAUGGUACAAUAAUGGGAGCCAUUUUGGUCAGGGAGAAGUCCAAACCAGUCUAAUUUGGAAUUAAUGGCAGUAGAGGUAUAGGUGAUGCAUUUCCUGCUUUUACUUAUACAGGAAAAUAAAAGGCAUUUAGUAUUUCAGAAAUUGUCACACGAAAUUAUUGUUCUAUAAUUAUAAAUACAGUUUAUACAGGUUUUAUACCAAAUGUGUAGCAAUAUUUUUUUUCUGUAUAAAUGGCCUCUAAAACAGGGUUCCCCAACUGGCUGUGAUUUUAUUUGGCUCCCCAAGUUUUCCGAACAUUUUUAUUUAUUGUAUUUUUUUAUUAUUGCUUUACAUAAAAGACUAUAAACACUGGCAAAUCAGCUCCAAGUGAUUUUAAUUUUGGAAAUCUGUUCCAAAGUAUUCCCACGCAUAGUAGAGAGAUAUAUUUGAUCAUAUACAAAUGCCAACAAGGUUUGAAAUGAUUAUGUUUUAGCCAAAUAUUAUAUCUGUUUGGGCUUCUUGAGGUCAAUUUGCAGUCUACAAAUUAUUUGUAAUUAUGUUCCGGCCCCUUGACCAUCCACUCAAGAAAAGAUCGUCCCACGGCUGAAUCUAGUUGAUGAUCCCUGCUCUAAAAUAUAUGUAAACAGACCAUAAAUGUCUAAAUGUUUGUUUUUCUUGGAAUGCUGUGUGUUAUUAUAUGAUACAAUAUCAGUACUUGUUGGAUUUACAACUUGUCUAAGUCCUAUCAACAACUGAUUUCAGCCAGUGUGUGGCUGUGGAUUGACUGCAUUGUUUGUAUGGAAUGUUGGCAUAUUGGCAGUUAAUUUGAAAACAUUUGGAAUAAUUGCACUAAAACUGUCUGGCUAGCUAGCUAGCAAACAUAAUGUGCAAAUAAUAUUUUACAUUAUCUUAUCACAGCACUGGCUGACCAUGGUUGACCAGCUUCCUUAUCAAAAUGACUGCCCUUUUAUACUGUCAUAAGUUUAAUGUUCAUUCUAGUAUUCUAAUUCCUAAUUAUAUGGUUGUAAUGUAAAUGCAACAAUUCCAUAAACCUCUCAAUGGCUCUGGUUUUGUAAUAACUAAGCUGAGGUAUUGAAUAACCCCAUGGUGGUUCUUGUUCUAGGUCAAGGCAGUAUCCUCCUCCAGCACUUCACUAGCUUCUGCCUCCAAACCCUCUUGCUCAGUGGAGCAUGGAGCCCUCCAGGGUCCUAGCCCUGCACCCUGCCUGGAGACCCCGGGGAGGGCUGGCCAGAAACUUCCCCUGGCUUCCACUCCAAAAGGAUCGACAGAGGGGCGAGAAACAGUUGGUAGCAGGUUGGUGGCCCCAGAGCAGACUGCUGUGUUACACAAUUUGUCUGGGGCCGCUGGGCCGGCCUUGGAUCUCCGUAAACCUGUCCCAGGGGAGUCUAAGGCUUUGGCAACACUGUUCAGAAGCACAGAUGACAGUGUAAGUAAACAUAUUAGUGACCAUGCUCCGCUAAAGAUCAAAAUCAUGAAGUCCAGCAGCCUGGCUGAUGGUAAGAAGCUAUCCUGUGUGCUCACCACCUCUCUUCCUGCUGGCGCCGGUACUUUGGAAGAACAGCAGGGCAUUUCUGACUCCUCAACCAGAGCAGAUAUUUACAGCGCUGGACUCGGCUCCUCUGUGAAAAGGCACGAUCAUGCUGAUCGCUCAACAAGACAAAGAGGCUCCUUUGAACAUACCAAAGACACGCUGGUCAAACAGAGUCCACCCGAAAAGACCACCAACAACAUACCCCCAGUUUCCCCCGGGACAGCAAGGAAGACCAUAAAGGGGUCUUCCUACCAUCGGCCUAGGGACACUUCCUCAGUGUGUCGGUUUGUAACCGACCCUGAUCUCGGCCACUGCGACAUAGUCUACAUCGACAAACCAAUAACAGAGUGUUUCCGGGAACGGCAGCACCGACUGCUCCCCCGCCGCAACGCCAGGAAAAGCACCAGAGGUCACAUGUACGUGGAGGAAAUGUGGGAGCUGAAGACUGUCCGUACAUUAGCCAGGACGUCCGCCCGCAAUGAUAGUGGCAACUGUCCCGCUCCAAUGCCAGAGCUCAUCACUCUGGUCACCCCUAAACAGGUGCUUGGCAAGCCUGAGGGUGUACCUCUUGUGGAUAUGCCCUUUGUUGGAGGUUUUGUGGAGACGGUCAGUCAGAAAAGUCCUUCGGAGCAUCCAGCUGAAAUUGAGGGGGCUGGAGAUGUAGAGGCUGCAGCAGCAUCAGCCAGUGAGAUGGCGCUAAUCGUUGAGACUAGUCAGACAGACCCGAGUCAGUGCAAAGAGCAGACUGCCCCUCCACCUCCUUCACAGAGUCCCCCAGUUGAGAACGAGCAGAGUGCAGGGACAGACUCGGAGCAGCCAAGGCAGAGCGUAGCACCAGAGGAUAUUCUAGAUCAGACUGUGGUCGAGACGGCAGAUCAGGAUGUAAACAGUGUACACAAUUACAUAGUUUUAAGUGAAAACCCAGAGCAGGUGUUGAUGGGGAAAGAUGUGAACUCGUCACAUGAUAAGACAUCAGAAGAAGAGCUUGUCCAGGAUAUGCUGCAGAGUGUGCCAGAGGGCCAGAACGUUGUCAUUGAAACCCAACAGGAAUCCGCAUCACUGACCUCUUCCCUGGAGAGCACUGAAGACAAAGAGGUAGUGAGUGCAGGUGCAAUUGACAAAGAGCAGGCAGAGCCUCUGGAACCGCAAAGUUCAGUUGACCAGAAACUGUCUGCGGGCUCUGGAGGAGAAGCAAAAGCUGGCAUGGAGGUUCCCGCAGAGAGUGAAAUGAUAGAGGUGCAGGAAACGGGCAAGGUUGAACCAGACUUGGCUCCAGGCGACGGUAACAAUGUGCCUGAAGAGAAAAAGACACAUGUUGAUUCGUCCUCUAAAAUGGUAAAUGAUGCAGUUGUGAAAGAAUUGCCUCUCAGGCGUUCUGAAAAACAGGGUAUUCCAGCACGGGUGAUUCCUUCAAGGGUGAAGGAAGCUGCAGUGAUUGAUACAGAGAAUAUGAUUAUAUGUGGAUAUGUGAAUGGUAGACCUAUUGCACAUUCUGACAGAUGUUUGCGUGAACGGCCAGCUAAAACCACCCCAGAGUCUACUCCUACUAAGACUAAACGCCCCAAUAAGGCGUCUCUGAAACAGACUGAGAACCCUUCUGAGAACGUGUCUGAGAUUCCACAAGUCUCACCUGAGACUCCUCUCACCCCGGUCCCUGCUGGGGAAAGUGUCAAAAGCCCUUUGUCGAAGCGCCUCACCAAGGCCUCCCUGAAACAAUCCGAGAAACCUUCUGAGAACACGCCAGAGGUUCCUCAAGUCUCACUCCCUUCUGCCAAAACCCCUGUGUCCAUACGGCCCAAAAGAACCCCUAAAGCUAAAACCACUCAGAACCUGCCUGACACAAAGAUCCCUGCGGAAGCAAGCCAGAACUUGCCUGACACAAAGACCCCUGCGGAAGCAAGCCAGAACUUGUCUGAACCAAGGACCCCUAUUGCCCCUAUAACAGCAAGCCAGAGCAUUCCUGACACUCCUCCAGUCCCAGACACACCAGUCAACUCCCCCAGGAGCCCUGAGUCCAGACAACCCCUCAGAUCUGCCAGACUGCAACAGGCAGCAGCUGUCACCUCCCCUCUCGUCCCUGUCGCCUCCCCUCUCGUCCCUGUCGCCUCCCCUCUCGUCCCUGUCGCCUCCCCUCUCGUCCCUGUCGCCUCCCCUCUCGUCCCUGUCGCCUCCCCUCUCGUCCCUGUCGCCUCCCCUCUCGUCCCUGUCGCCUCCCCUCUCGUCCCUGUCGCCUCCCCUCUCGUCCCUGUCGCCUCCCCUCUCGUCCCUGUCACCUCCCCUCUCGUCCCUGUCGCCUCCCCUGUCGCCUCCCCUCUCGUCCCUGUCGGCUCCCCUCUUGUCCCUGUCGCCUCCCCUCUCCUCCCUGUCGCUUCCCCUCUCCUCCCUGUCGUGCCUCAUCCUGUUGAAGGGGCUGUUACUUUCAUUGUGCCCCAAGAACCAUCUACCUCCCUCCCACUCCCCUCCACUGAGCUUAACCCUCCUCUCCCCAUUGGCUCUCCUCUUCUUCCGAUCGUCUCCCAUCUUUUCCCUUCAUCUGAUCAGAACAGUGCAGUUACCCAGAGCUCUGCAGAGCUGAAAGUUGAAAAAGCUCAGCCAGCUCCAAAAGCCAAACCCAGCGAGACACAGAAAACAGCAGAGGAAACUAGGGUGCAAACUAGACCAAAGCUCAGGUCGUCAAUGAUGGUAGCAAAGGAAGUUGAAGUUGACAUGGUUGAGAGUCAGCAAGUUAGCAGUGAGGGUUCUGCUCUCACAGAGGGUACAAGCAUUAAAAAGAGUGAGGCCCAAGCACAAAGUAGUCCACUAAGAAGCAAAAGACCUCUCAAAAAGGAAGGAGAAGCAAGCAAAUUGGCUCAACCUAAGGAGGGAGAAUCAAGCAAAUUGACUUCCCUGAAGAAUUCAGAGGAACCAACUUUGCUGAAGAAGGCAGAGGCACCAACUUCAAUUGAUAACAAAACUUCAUCUGAAGAUUCCAGCAGGUCUUCUGUCAGCAGUGCUUCAGAAAAACCUGGGCGAAUGCCUUUGAGGAGUGAGAGUAAUAAAACUGACGUGGCCAGCCAGUCCAUUACCCCGGCAACCCCACCGACCCCGGUGGAGAACAGGAAGUCAGCUUUGAGAGUGCAGAGGUCGCCCACGCCCUCGACCAGUGCUCCAAUCACAGCUGAGAAAUGGAGUGAAGUGGCAUCUCCCAUUAGGCUGAAAUCCCCAGUGAGACUCUCAUCACCCAUCAGGUUCAAACCAGAGAGGAUCAUCAAGUCUCCAUUGAGGGAUUCACCUUUGCUGGUCAGUUCCCCUCUGCCAUCCAGGUCAGUCACUCCUCUCCUCCUUCCCAAGUUGGAGCUCCCAGUACAGACUCGAAACAAGUUCCUGGAGUUACUAGACGUAGAGGAAAACCAACAGAAAAUCUCUUCUCUGAACACCAAGUUCGAGAAGAUGCAUAGAGGCUGGGUCCAGAUUGACAAAGAGGGACAUCCAACGCCCAGACACAAAAACAAGGCAGACAGACAGGCAGCAAUAUGGAAGAGUAAGCGCAGGGUCCGCAAGCCCAAGUCUUCGGAUCAUCAGAGGUACUCACUAGUCCAGAUGCUUUUCAAGAACGAUUUGGACCUAGCCAGUAUUUGCCGCUGGUACAUGGAGUCAACAGAAACCCAAUCCCUGGUCAUCGUAAAGAAGGUGAACACGCGUCUUCCCUCUGAGACCCAGCUGCUCUUCCCCGGUAUGUCCCAAAGGCCGUCCCAAGGAGUCUUCCCCAGCCUUCAGGCCGAGCGCUUGAAGAAACACUUGAAGAAGUUUGCCAUGGCUUCCCCUGUGAAGAGCAACCCUAAGAGUCAGAAGCUGAUCGCUAAAGCCCUGGAGCAGGAAGUCAGUACAAGUACGCCCAAAGGGAAGGAAAAGAGAGAGCUGACUACAGCCACUCGGAUCUCCACCAAAGCCUAUGUUUCCUCUGCAGAGGCACAGGCACAACCAGCCGACGGCCAGAAGGCCUCAGCGAAGGCCAAGAACCCAGCCAGCGCCCGGAUCCUGAGGAAGUACUCCAAUAUAAGGGAGAAGAUGCAAGGUCAACAGAGCUCCAAGAAGCCGAAAAGGGCCCCAAGAAAAGAGCUCGAAGCUUCCAAAGUCAAACCCUCUAAACCCCCAAAGACAAAAUUGGCAAAACCAAUUAAAUUGAAACCGGCCACUGCCCAGAGGCAGAAAUUAUCGGUUUCUGUUGAUAAAAGUGUAAAGGAGCCAAGUGUAGUCAAAACAGAGCGAGCGCAGCCAUCUCCUAGUAGAAAGACUCCAGCAAAAGCUGCUGUCCAGCAGAGAUCAGUCAAGAGUAGCAGCAGCAGUAGAACCUUAAGGGAUCUCGGUAGGAAAGAGAGUGCAUCACCACAGAGGUCUCCCCAAAGAGUGAUGACCCCAAAAGCACAGAAAAACACCCCUGCUCCUGCCACCGUCCCCAAGAAUGACUUUAACAAACAGCAGGUUGGAGCAGAGAAGGCAGGAGUGGAUAAGACUAUUGCAACAAAAGCAGGUGAAACAAAAGGUCAAACAAAGAGACCCUCUCAAAGUAGAGUCUCUGAGACUAAAGUCACUGAAAGUAAAGGUGCUGAGAGCAAUGGCGCUGAAAGUGCUGCAGAGACUCAACAGAACAUGGACGUCAAAACACCAGGUUCUCCUGACCAGGUUCUCACAAGGUCACAGAGGAAGAUGGAGGCCACUCCACCCCCCUCUGUCCCUCAGAGUGCAAGCCCUAAGCCUGCCACUAAGAAAGCAAAUGAACCUGCUCAGAGUGGAACUCCUAAAGGUGCCACAAAGAGAGCUCUGGAGCCUACACAUACUGUUAGUGCAAGCCCUAAGCCUGCCAUAAAGAGAGGCAAUGAACCUGCUCAGAGUGGAACUCCUAAAGGUGCCACAAAGAGAAGCCAGGAGAGCCCACAGACUCCAGCCAAGCGCACCAGGACAUCCCUACAGAAAUAA